AUGGGAGAUUUGGAGCUCCCAAACAGAAUUGUAAUGGCUGCUUUAACUAGAUGCAGAUGCGACCCAUCUAAUGGAGUACCUACUGAUUUGCACAAAGAAUAUUACAGUGCAAGAGCUGAAUCAGCUUUUAUGUUAUCUGAAUGCUCAUCAAUCAGACCAGAUGGAAAUUGCUUCCCAGGAUCAACCGGCAUUUACUCAGACGAGUAAGUCGAGGGAUGGAAGAAAGUAAUUGAUGAAGUCCAUGCUAAGGGCGGUAGAAUUUAUCUCUAGAUUUGGCACUCUGGAAGAGCAGCACACUCAGAUCACCUUGGUGGAUAAACUCCAAUUUCUUCGUCAGCAAUAGCUAUUGCUGACACAGUCCAUACUCAAAAUGGAAGAGUAGCUCAUGUGACACCAAGAGCUGUUACUGUGGAGGAAAUUAAGCAGUUGAUCAAAGAUUUCAGACAAGGAGCUGAGAAUGCCAAGAGAGCAGGAUUUGAUGGAGUUUAAUUACACGGUGCUCAUGGAUAUCUUGUUGAUCAAUUCCUUAGAAAUGGCUGCAACCAAAGAGAUGAUGAGUAUGGAGGUUCAAUUGAAAACAGAGCUAGAUUCUGCCUUGAGAUUCUUGAUGAGCUCAUCGAAGUCUUUGGUGCUGACAGAGUGGGUAUCAAGCUAUCUCCAGUCUGUGACUACAAUGGAUUGGCUGAUUCAGACCCAUUUGCAUUGGUUGAAUAUCUUUUCGGAGAGUUUAACAAGAAAGGCAUUGCUUUCGUUGAAGUGAAUGAGGCACUGACUUUUGAUCCAGCAACUGCUUAAGAAAAGCACGAUAAAAUCUGGGCUAAUCACGAGAAAAAGACUAUCAGAGAAAAUUUCAGACAUUUGUUCAAGGGCACUUUUAUUGGAAACUACUAACUUGACUUUGAGAAGGCAACUAACCUCGUUGAAAACAACAUUACUGAUCUUUGUUCAUUCGGUAUAUCUUACGUUUGCAAUGAUAACCUCGUUGAGAGAUUCAGAACUGGAGCACCAAUUAAUGGACUCCACAACGUAAAAGAUUUUUCAAAGCUAUAGGCAGUAUAUCUCUAUGGCAACACUGCUCUUGGAUAUACCGACCUCACCCCCUACUCUCCUGAUCAAGAAUGA